UAUGCCAAAGCGACGGAAGUACUGUGGAAUUGACGACAAGAAAUGGAAGGUAUUGUUGGCGGAUUUCACAUCGCUUUAACUUUUCUUGCAGUUUUAGGCAAAAGGUUUGGGGAUGUCGGACUGAGAGACCUGUUAGUGGAGUUGCGAGUUUUAGGACCAGAAAGCUCAAACUCGUUUGUGAAACAAUAUAGUGGAUGUGUUGGCAGCAGUUUGAAGAAAUGUACCAUAGUGGUCAAGAGAGCAUCAAUCUGAAUCUGCCUAACAUCAUCUCAACAGUUGAAGAAAUUUGCUGCCAGCUACGUACAAUUAUUUGCAAUGGUAUAGAAGAUCAACUGAUAGAGCUAAAGGAGUGUAGUGAAGAACUUAUUAAUUCAUCAGCUUACCAUGACAUAUUUGAUUCAUAUGAAACGUUUUGUUCCUCUUUGACUAGCCCAUUAACUAGGUUUUGGUCAUCAUACAUUAGUAUGGUCCAGCUACUGAUGCAUUUCAUUCGUUCGAUUAGAGGAGGAAACUGGCUACUGCACUUGGCAUGCAUUCGAGAUAUGUUGCCUUGGAUGUUUGGUUACGAUCACACCAACUAUAAUCGGUAUCUUUCAGUUUAUUGGACACAAAUGCAAGUUUUGCCAAAGGAAUAUCCCAACGCAUAUAAGCGUUUGCUAAAUGGUGACUUUACAGUGCAGAGAAAUUGUGACGCUGGAUAUGCGCAAGUAGCUGUCGAUCAAACUAUUGAGUAAACUGUGAACAGACACCCAAAGACAAG